CACACACGCAGCAGUGAUGCAUGCGAAGUGAUGUAGCCUGUCGUAGUUAAAGGAGGAUAUCUGUAUCGCGCAUGGGCGCCGCUUGUUUCUGUUUUUGGUCUUGUUUAAUUUGUGUUGUAUGUUUCAGAGGCGACGUGCAGCGACAGUAAAACGGAGGCACCGUAAGUUGCUCGCGCUUCUCCGACAGCCGACUGUUGCGCCAGGAGCGCGUCCGUCAGACAUGAGCGGAAACGCGGACGGCGGCGACGCGCUCGCGGAAAACGAGCUUCUCUCCACUUCAUGAGGCGCGAGCUGCGAUUCUGUUGCGUUCCGGAGUGGAAGCGGAUACCAAAAAAAGAAAAAGCGGAGGAGCGCGCGCAGGAUGAGAAGCUCGGAGCUGCUGCUCGCCUACUUUCUCGUGAAAGUUGUGGCGUGCGAUGUAGCCGGUGAGAGCGCUAGACAAGUCGGUUCGGUGGCCGUGUCUGGCUCCAACGAGUCCCGUGACGACGAGAGCGGUCUCUCGGAGCCUCCGCACACAGAGGAUAAAUGCAGGGGCUACUACGACGUGAUGGGCCAGUGGGACCCGCCGUUCGUGUGCCGCACGGGCAGCUACCUGUACUGCUGCGGCACGUGCGGCUUCCGCUUCUGCUGUGAGUUCAAGGAGUCGCGCCUGGACCAGCGCGCGUGCACUAACGACGGCACACCGCCGUGGUCAAUGACGGGCAGACCGCCACCCAAGAAGAGCGACCCGGCGCACGACCCCACGAGGGAUAAAACCAAUCUAAUCGUGUACAUCAUAUGCGGAGUGGUCGCCAUCAUGGCUCUGGUGGGGAUUUUCACCAAACUCGGGCUUGAAAAGGCGCAUCGACCUCACAGAGAAAACAUGUCUAGAGCGCUGGCGCACGUGAUGCGGCAGACAGGAGGAGAGGAACGCGAGGAGAGCCUGGCUGUGCAUGGACAGCCCUAUGAGAACCUGCAGACCAGGACAACAGGAAACAACCUGCAAAGCAACCAGAUAAACAGUGUGGGUCCAGGAUCAGGCCUAAUGCAGGCAAUGACCCAGUACCCCACACUGGGACAGGCCUCUCACACCUAUGAGCAACCCCAGCCUGUCAAAGAGCUCAACAAAUAUGCAUCAUUGAAAGCAGUAGCUGAGAAAGCUAACGAGAACUUUUACACAAAUCGGAGACAUGGGGUGGAAUUGACGACCAAAGGCACACUACCCCUGCAUCCAGUGCAACUUGAGCCGGAGCCAACCAACCCUUAUAGCCCAGAGUUGCCUUGCCAAAAACAAAAUGGACACAAGGCCAAGACCAUUAAGGUGUCAGGCUCACACCCAUUGCCCUAUGGCUCCAACACCAUUUCUGCCCCAGGCAUGCUGAGGAGCCGGGAUGGAUCAGAGGCGCUUGGGCGUCGCCACACAUAUGCCCCUAAAAAGCACAGCACGCUACUGGAGCAGGUCAAUGAGCUGAGCUCACACAGCCAGCAUUACCUGCCUCCCCACCCAUACUUCAUCAGUAACAGCAAGACUGAGGUGACCGUGUGAGAGAUAUGACACAGCCAGCUGACCUGAGCCAGACUAGAGUAAUGGAAGAGGGAAAGAAAGAUUUGAGGAGGCCUAAGAGUUGUUUUUUUUCUCUUAGGGCCUGGCACUGGCAGAGCUGCAUCUGACCAUCUUCCUGGGCCCCAUGUGUAGGAUCUGUACUUUUUUCUUUUCAGGAAUGAUUGUGCAUGAAAAAGGAUGGUGUAGGACUCAUUCCACAGCAACAAGCAGUAUAUUUUAUAAUCAGUACUCUCUCAGUUUCAGUUACUGUAAUGUCUGCAUUAUAAUGCAAUUUAACAGUAUAGUUAUAAGCUUAUGACACAAACAAAUUGUUCAGCAGACUAUAAAAUUGUAAUGCAAUUACACUCAUCUGCAGUGGAUUAUGGAAACAGUGGUAGUCUGUUCAGUAAGUCUGUAAUGCUGUAUACAGGACUGCAUAGUUCUGGGAUACAUGGCCAGCAAUGUGUCUGAGUACCUUCCUGUACCUCAGGCUCAAAUGGGGCAGAAACUCAAUUCUGGACAGUUAAUUUUUCUUAAUCUUGCCUAGUUCAUUUUGAUAUUGUCUCGGAACAAUGCAUACCACAACCACAACCAUAUCUGUACUGAUACAGCAUACAUCUGAUAAACCUGGGGCCUGUGCUUGUCUGUCAAACCUGGCAUUUAAAAACUUUGUGCAUUUUAAAGGCAAUUCCAGUGUUUUGUCAACAAAGGUGAAUAUAUAGGCCUCUAUUUUCAUGCAGAUAUAAGUGUAAUUUGCUUAGUAAUGCCAGCCUGUUGCCAUUUUAUUUGGGCACACGACAAUUUUUUCACAUUUGCUCACAUUCUCUCACUGUUGAUAUUUUAAAGGUCAUAAACAAAUGAUGGUAGAAUGGCAAAAAAGUGGGUGUGUCAUUUGAAACCUGCCAGUGCAGUGGUAUUUUUAAACCCAUUUGGUCCAAAAAAUGCAUGUGCAUUACCACCUCCCGAGACCUAUUCUUAGCACAGAUGCAUGGAUAAGACUCUAUUUUCCUGACGUGAGACACAGAAUUAUUAGUCUUCUUCAAUUUCUUACAACCCUGUUUUGUGGAUGUUCACUAUUUAUAUCACUCUUAUAUCACCCCACUUGAAUAUAAAUAGGCCAAUUCACCUAAAUGCUAACCAAGUACAACACAGUUAUUUAUUUUAUCUGUAACAAUAAGAAUGCUAGUUACAGAUGUAGUGCACCUAUGCAUGCAUGACUAGACCUUCAACAAGGUCAGAGUGACAGUGAUGUAGUGUUUGCUAUAAAUAACUUCAUACCAUGGCAUGUCACGGUAGGGACUGAGCAUUCAGCCUGUUCGUAGGCUGUAGUGAUGACUUCUGUCACCCAGUGGGUCUCUGCUUAGACAAGGGAGCACCCACAUUAUGACAUAUGAAUGACUGGCCUGAUGAACAAAUAUCUUGCCUUGCGGUUCUACCAUAACGUAUAAAUACUACCGUAAGGUAUGCACUGGACGCAGUAGGGAAUGUUCUGCAGAUUGACUUUUGCAGAACGAUGCAAGGAUAAUAUCCUGGUUCACAAAUUUUAGUGAGUUAACCUUAGGCAGGAUCUGUGGGUUUGGCCACAAGGUUACUCUGGAAUCAUUUAGCCGACAGCACAUGCUGGGUGAGCUUAUCACCUGGGCAUGCAGUUUCCUCAUCCUUUUUCCUCUGGUGAUCUCCAGCAAAAAGCAAUCUUCAGUGAUACCCAUUAUAGAGCAGCAUAUCAUAUGGAUGCUUGUAUGGAGAGGUGUUAAGGGACUCCUACAUGAGGGGGAAGUCCCUCCCCAGGUGUUGCUUUUGGAGGGUGCAUGGUAGAUUGAGGCAUCUAGCUUUCAGAAACGCUGUCUAUAGCUCCCACCAAUUCACCAGUAUAGACUGGGAAUUGCCACUAACCAGCAUUCAAGAAGGCUAGCACUUGUCCAGUGCACUGGGUCCAAUCAACAGUGCACAUACCAUUUUUGGAAAAGUUUCCACCUAAUACAAAGCCCACAUACUAGGGACUCCUACAGUGCAGUCAUUGAGUUUCCCACUGCUCUGAGGAGCCAACACUACAGGCACAGGAGACUGGCCGAGGGUGCCACAGCUCCCCCAUUCAUGUCAGGGCAUCCCAACCACUAGCAAAAGCAGCAGUGGACACCAGGGUCUCACUAGCCAUUCCGGGGCCAUGAGUAGAACUCUGUGGUUUGCUUGCUGAAUUGCUAAAACACAUCUGACAAUGAGCCAACUCAGUGUCAGCAAAGACCAUUUGUGCCUGGCCAAAGGUUUCCCAGAUCUGCUGCAUGACCUUUGGGUGCAAGUUCCACUCUUUUGGGCAUAUGCUGCCCCACUGUGUUGAACUGGUAGGUAAAUUGCUGUCGCUCAGGCUAGCCAUCAGUGAGCUUUGAAGCUGGGGCCUGAUUAGGUUGAUACAAAGGCAGUAGACACACAUCUAGUGGCUGUCCGCAGGCUUCUGGAUUCACAAUCCUAAGUACUUGGAGGUUCAGGUUGAACUCAGCAUGGUCUGCUUGAAUAGUUAGCCGCAAAUCCAAAAGCUGAAUGCAACAGACAAACAGUUUCUGAAUCAUUUUGCAGAGGUUUUGUUGGGGUGAGAGUGAAUGGAGAGAAAAAAAUGGUGUGAAAAACUUUAAGUGCCAAGUGAGUGACUUUGCUGGGGUGCAGACGGCAGCAAAGCUCAAGGCCUGCUCCAGUCCUGUUAGUGCCAAUAGCUCCGGUGGAUCUGAGGGACAUGGAUAGGUGAGGGUGAGUUGGUGACUACGUGAGGAUGCUGUUGACAGCAUAAGGGUGAUGGAGGCCCUGGUGAAUGUAAGGGAAAUGCUUGACACACAUGCUCCUAUCUCAUAGUACAAAGUGACUGAGUGAGCUGCUUGACAGAUAUGCAGUUGGCAGCACAAAGCCAAUGAAGGGACACACAUGUUCCUAUCCUGCGAACUGGAGCAAGCCACUAAACAACAACGAUCUAGCUAGGUUGGACAGUACAUAAGUGUGACACAAUAUAGGCUAGGUUGCUAAGCUAGCAACAAGAGAAAACAUAAGCUAGCAAAUCACAGCCCAACUCUCCAGCCAAGUAUGAAAUGGAUAUAAUCACUGUGUUGGAGAGGAACAGAAGAAGAAAACAGGAGCAUAUCACAGCUUUGGAGGAUAGAAAAACUAUAGCUCCAACUGUAGUCACAAGAUGCACAGAAUAACUCCAAAAUCUACAUGUGGUCCAACAUGUGCAUGAAGGCAAGUAGAGCAAAGAGGAAGAAGUGACAUGGCAUGAAGGUAUUUAUAACAAAUGCUAUUUCACUGACAGUUUGCCACUUUAUUACUUUGUCGAAGCUCUCAUCAUGCAUUUGCACAUGCACUGGAGAAUAUCGAGGUAUCAGCCACUUCUUCUGGUAGCUGGACCGGAUGAAAUCGAACAAACAACUCUGGUUAGUACAAGCUGUGGUUAGUACAGGCCAAUUCACAUUGAAAUCUCAUAUGAAGCACAUUUGAGGGCCGAAACAAACCCUAUGUAUCUAAGCAUACACAGAUGACAACACCUGUCUAAAACUUUGCUAAUGCACAUUCCUGCUGUACAUACUCAACAUGUGUUCUUGCAUUUCUGUGGCAGUUAUGUGGCUCAGUACUCAAGGGGGUGGUAAAAAAGUCUUUAAAAUUUUUGAAACUUUUCCAAUAAAUUACCAAAUCAUGGUAAUCAGAAAAUCGAAGGACCAAGCAUUUCUAGAAUAGAAGGAUAGCCGUAGCCACUCGCAGCAUCCCCGCAACGGACAUCCUUCAACCUUUUCUUCUCCGAAGCUGUUUCUAUUUUCUCUUGACAUUUUUUUUGUGACUAACAGAACACACAGUUUCUAGCCAGGCAUUUCAAUUGCUGUUUGACUGGAGUGACACAUCACAUAUAUGCUUGUAUGAGCAAACCAGCUCUGCAAGAGCUCUCAUCAAACUGCCAUAUGUGUCGGGGAGAAACCGGCCUCUGCCCUUAGCCGAAUAUAGCGCCCCCUUGCUGCAAUGCUCAGAAUUCAGCUUGUGCUUGUGUUGCAUUAUAAAUUUUGCCGUGACACAUUUCUGAAUGCAACGAAAUGUGAAAUCUAGUUUGCAUAGCUCAGAGCAUAUUCGCUUGUGUAGAGCCGUAGGGUAUGUUUCAGCCCUUUUCUGUGCACAUGCUUCUGUUUUAACAACUGUUGAAAUCCACACGAGCUGUUAGAUGCACCGUGAAACUAUACACCUCUCUGGAAUUUUUGCCACACUUUCAGUUUCUCUUAUCCGUGACCUUCUUUUGAUGCUUAUUUAGGCCCACUCUCAAAGGUGAUCUCAGCAUCAUUGAAAGAUCCAAUAACUCUACAUACUCCUAUAUAUACAUAUGAAACGCAAACAGUUUGAAAAGUUUUUGGGCGUGGUGGUUUAGUUCUCCAGCAGUAUGUAGCGGUUUGGUAUAAAUAUAGACAUGGCAGAGAUUGCAUUUUGCAAGGAAACUAAUAAUUUUACCUGUUUGCUUGCAGUGUGAUCAGGCAUAACGUAAGCAUUCAAUUCCAUCGAUAGAAACACAAGUGACAAAUUGGCAUUUAUUGUGUUUUGUAAACAAACUACUGAAUAUAACUUAUAUACUAUUCCAAAAUUAGUCUGAAUCUUUUGUUUUAGUGUUUAAGUGUUUAUACCAAGAAAACAUGGCAAGAGUAGGGGUGGGCAAUAACAUAAAAAAAAAUUAAUGAAAUAAUAAUUGUGGUAAUGCUGUAUCCUGAUGCUGAGUACAUAAAAUAUACUUUUAAAUUUGUGAUUUCUACAGGUAGAUUUUAUAGGCAUGCAUAUCAACAGUUCUAUCGUGAUCUCAAUAUUAUAAGGUUCUAUCUGCCAUUUUGGCCAAAAAUGAGAUAACCACGAAAACUUAAUCACUGGGUAAUACUUUAUCCUAAUCUGGCGUUAUUUUUAAUUUUUAGGUUUUUGGUGUAAUAUUUGGAAAAGAAAUUAAAGUUCUCCAAACCAAAUCUACAAACUCACAUAUAAACAUGGUAUAAGGUUCUAUCUUCCAGACAAUCGUUAUCCUGGAUGAACACAGCAUGAACAUGGCCUUGGCCAAACAACGUACACAUUUUGUUGACAGAGAAGAACAGACUUGAUGCCUCAGUAUGGCAAGCCGAAGCAGAAAGUAACUUUUAGUUGUACAUAUUCUCCAUGAGACUAAUAAAAAUUCUGUGUACAAAACAGUUACAGCGCAGGUCUACUAUACUCACUGGAUUUACAAUUUAUAAAUAUCCGGGCACAUUAGAAAGUCUUCAGCAUGGUGGAAAGCUAAUAUUGUGGCUAAAAUCAGCUAACAUCAGCUGACAUUAGCUAGCUACAUGCACUGUGCUUAAUUACCUGAAGUUUCCAGUAUAAACGUCUAAAGGUCAACUAGCAGAAAUGUAAAAUGUUUUUUCACAACAAACAAAACAAUGUAUUGUAUGUUCUGAUGUAUUUUAGUAUUGUUAAAUGUUUUAAAGUGAAAUUUCAAAAUAAAAUAUUUUGUUUUAAGAGCAACUUCAGUUUUUUUUUAAUUAAAUAUCUUGUAUUUUAAAACUUAGAGAAUACAUUAAGAAAAAUAAAACCUAUUGAAAAGUACAGUACUUAUGAUCAAAAUGUGGUCUUAUUAGGCUCAAAAUGUCUUUCUCUGCUGAGUUUAUUUCCAGACAUUAAUUAUUUAAUGAGAUUAAGAGAUUGCCUUAUAAGAAACAGCCAGAUAGAACCUUAUAAUACCAGUCAGUAUUUCAUCUUACAGAAUAAUAACGUUCUACAGGCAUUUGGUCACUGUUUAAAAAUCCUCUUUCUAAAUGUCUCAAUCUUUCCGUAAUAUAAAUGUGAAGUAACCUUGUUGUGCUGUAUAUAUAAAUUUCAGGAUUUUAGUGGUUUGCUAGCUGGAAAUAUCAAACAGCUCUUCACCCAGGUAGAACCUUAUAAUACUAAGUUCAUGAUAUGUGAAAUAAAUAAAUUGAGACUGUUCUCUCUUUAGGUCCUGUUUAAUUACAGAUAUGAGCAAUAUUAUUUACAAUAGUCAUUCACACUGUAUGAAAUGGACAGGUGGGCAAAGGGAUGGCAGAAGGAGCAGUAGUUCCUGUCCUGCACAUCAUUUAUAAUGUCCUACAACAUUUUAGUUUUCACAUUUUGUUUGAUUAAAACAACACACACAAUAUUAAUGUUUUUAUAUUAGGAUAGCUUUUCAAUAGCAAUGGCCAGGAACGAAAGUGCACCCACUCAUCCCUAGCCAAAAGGAUGUAUGCACUCUCUGUGCGUGGCUGUAGCGUGGCUUGUGAACUUUAUAUCAUUCUGUUUAUAUUCUUCAUUUACCUUCUUCACAUUUUCUCUUUAAUGCCAUUCGAUCUCUGUGUUAGACGGAUAUCUGUAUAUUUAAACCACUGCAUGUGUAUUUUGGACAGUUGGCAUUGAAAAUAAAACUGCGGACAUUUGUGUUCAAGUGUCCGCAUUAGUGAGACUACCACUAAAAUAUAUAACAUAAAAUCUACUUACAGAGAAAACAGAACAUACUUGCUAUAAUUCAGCUGAUUAUAACUACCACUAAAAUCCAAGU